GUUGAGUAAAAUAUGUGAUAAUUUUUGGGUGAACUAACCCGUUAAUGCGUCAUAAUGAGGUGUAUGUCUCUUUAAACUUUCUGCCCUACAUUCGGCCACGUCAUAAUCAGGAAGACACAAUGGCGGAUGCCAAUGCGGCAGUGGCAGUAGUAACUGUUUCAUUGGUCCUUUUGGGACUUUUAUCGGGGUUAACCUUAUCUUGGGCUCUUCUUCCAGUAGCCGUAGUGAUGCUUAUUUUUAUACUAGCCAGUGGAUUAAAGGGACGAGAUGAACUUGCACGUUUGAACGUUUGCGUGUUGGUGUUGGGAGAUAUAGGACGCAGUCCACGUAUGCAGUAUCAUGCGCUGUCACUCAGCAGGCAUGGAUACAAUGUCACCUUAAUUGGCUUUCUUGGUACUAAACCUCAUCAAGACAUUCUUGAGGAUGAAAGGAUAGACAUACUCCCCAUUUCAGAGCCAAUGGGGCUAAAAGUUGGCCCUAAAAUCUUCAGAUAUGUCUCAAAGGUGAUAUUUCAGUGUUUUCAGCUGUUCUAUGUGUUAAUGAGGAUUGAGGAUCAAGGCUAUAUCCUUAUGCAGAACCCCCCUGGGCUGCCAGCCAUAGCAGUGACAUGGGUUGCAAGUCGUUUCAGGGGAAACCAAUUUAUCAUAGACUGGCACAACUAUGGGUACACCAUAAUGGCACUUACUCAUGGGGAGAAUCAUCUAAUUGUCAAGGUGGCAAAAUGGUAUGAGAAGCACUUUGGCUGUUUGUCGGAUUAUAAUUUAUGUGUUACUAAUGCAAUGAGAGAAGAUCUUCAGAUGAAUUGGAAGAUUGAGGCCACCACAUUGUAUGACAAGCCACCCUCAAUAUUUAGAGAAACACCUCUGAAACUUCAGCAUGAGCUGUUUGUCAGAAUGGGCAGUGCUUAUUCACCAUUUAAGCCCAGUUCUGAGGUCUCAAAGGAACGCAUGGAAUUAACAGCCUUCACAGAGCGUAAUUCGCAAACAGGUGCCGUGACACGCUCUGCUGGCCGACCUGCGCUGCUUAUCAGCAGCACCAGCUGGACUGAGGAUGAAGACUUCUCAAUUCUUUUACAAGCACUUGAAGACUAUGAGAAGUUUGUUGAGGCUGGAGACAAACUUCCAUCAUUGGUUUGUGUAAUUACAGGUAAAGGUCCUAAGAAGGAGUAUUACAAGCAGCUGAUUGACUCCAAGGAAUUUAAAAAUGUCAAGAUUUGUACUCCGUGGCUGGAAGCAGAGGAUUAUCCAGUUUUACUUGGUUCUGCUGAUCUCGGGGUCUGCUUGCACAAAUCCUCCAGUGGUCUAGACCUUCCAAUGAAAGUAGUUGAUAUGUUUGGAUGUUAUCUGCCAGUGUGUGCCAUACACUUUAAGUGCUUACAUGAACUGGUAAAACACGAAGAAAAUGGGCUUAUUUUCAAAGACUCCAAUGAGCUUACUGAACAGCUAAAGCUUCUGUUUUCAGACUUUCCCAGUGAACAGGGUAAACUGGGCCUCUUCAGGAAGAAUCUAAGGGAAAGCGGGCUGCAGCGCUGGGCCGAGAACUGGGACCACAACGUCCUGCCUCUUAUUAAAGAACACUGCGACUGACGAUCAGCGUAAUCUUUUGUGGUGGGUUUUGGUACGGGGUCUCAAAUCUUUAUAAUGGGAAGUUACUGUCAGGUAUUUGCACAGGGUAAAUAUUUCUAUGCUAACUAUCCCCAUAGUGGGACAGCAAUCCAGCAACGCCACUGGGAAAGACUUGAAUGCGAGAAUAAAAAGCACACUAUCUGUGUUAAUAAUAUGUAAAUACUUUAUUACAAUGGGAUAUUUACGGGUUUGUCAUACAUUAAUUUUGAGUUCCAUAGUGGAGACUCGGUUUUAUGGAAAUACUUGAGAAACAGAAUCUUUAUUGACUACAUGUUGCAGUCCAGCCUUUUCUGUAAACAAAAGACAAUUUUUGUUCAAUGUGUUCCAUAUGGAUUAGCAAAUGUUUCAGUCAUUACUGAAAUGGCAUAGACUAUUAAAAUAUUGUUAUGAAACCUACCUAAUUCUUUCUUGAAGCAGUCAUAUAUCUGUACGUUUCCUAUUGUAGAAGCAAUGUAAAUAUAAGGGUGGCUUUCUCGAAAGUUGCAGGUCAGAAUUGUAGUCAGCAAUCUCACCAAGCAGCUAAUUAUAUCAGGAUCAUUCACCACAUCUGGUUCAAACAAAAACGAUAAUAUUACUUAACUCAUUGGUUAACUGAUUAUCUCAAACAUUUGAAUAGAGAUGAUUCAUAGACCUUUUAAUCCUACAAACAAAUGAUGCUCCAAACUAUAAUUUCAACAUUAUUCUGAAAAUAUCCCUGGGUUUUAGGUCACCUGUAGCAAUGAUAAUGUUGGCCUGUAUUCUGUGCAGCUGCUCAUCAGACAUAUUUUCCCAUUCCAGUCCCUCCAUGCACACUGUUGUACUGUUGCUCUCACAGUUAAAUAUGCAGUUUGCUAUGUUGUGCUUCAGCCUAUGGAGCACACUUUGAUGACAGUUGCUGAAGAUGUAUUUGUUUAGGCUGAAUGUCCAACACACUACAAUGCCAGUUAGUCCAACUGGUUUUUGCCAUUUAAAACUACAGCAAUAGCACAAAUAUUAAUUUGUAAUACUUAGAGUAGAUGUGUGUGUGUGUGUGUGUAUAAUAUAUAUAUU